CACACACACGCACAGAGCAACCAGCCAAGGCAAGCGAGCAGAGCUCACGGGGCGCGCGCAAAGGCAGAGCCGCCGCGAGAGCUAACGGCCAGCCCGGCCCGUUGGCCACUUGGCCUCCGCGGCGCCCGUCCUGCCGAUGGCGGCGGCUCUGCAGCCACGGCGGGCGCGGCUCCUCCUUUUCCUCGGGCUGCUGCUCCACGCCCUGGCGCGUGGGGCCGUCGAGGCGGCGGCGCCGUUCCGGGCGAGGGACGUGCUGCCGCUGCUACCGCGGCGGCUGGCGUGGCAGCUCAUGGGCGCCACGGCGCACAGCGCCGUCGACCUGCUCCCGUCCUUCGUCGGCGCCGUCGCGCCCGGCGGGGCACCGGCGGCCUGGCGUGGCGCGUGCUUCGCGGAGAACGAGGCCGUCCUCAGCCUCACCCCCGGCGCCGGCGCCGGCGCGGUUGGCCGCAACGGGACCGGCGGGGGACUCCACGGCAACACCAGCUCCGGCCUCGGCGGCGCCGUCCUCCACCUCAAGACUGCUUCACCUGAGAGCUGGACAUGUAUGGAUCUGUAUGUGUUUGCAACUCCAUACAGGAUAGCCUGGGAUUACUAUAUGAGAUCAAAUGAAAAUCACACCUUUGAGAUUAAGGCAUGGGAGGAAGCAGCAGAACUGGAAUAUGUAAAGCAGCAUGGCAUUGCCGUCUUUCUCAUGCCAUCUGGAAUGCUUGGGACGUUGUUAUCCUUGAUUGAUGUCGUACCCCUGUUUUCAAACACCGGUUGGGGUCAGGAUGCAAACUUGGCAUUUCUCCAGAAGCAUAUGGGAACUUCAUUUCAGAAACGUUCUCAGCCCUGGUCUGCGAAUAUAAGAAAAGAAGAUGUACAUUCGGGUGACUUUUUGGCCCUUUCAAAAAUCCGAGGACGAUGGGGUGGAUUUCAGACAUUGGAGAAAUGGGUGACCGGUGCAUUUGCUGGGCACACUGCAGUUUUCUUGAAAGAUGAGAAUGGCACCCUCUGGGUUGCAGAAUCCGGCUAUGAAAACAAAAAGGGUGAUGAAAUCAUUAGUAUGACUCCAUGGGAUGAAUGGUGGGGAAUGGCACUUAAAGACGAUUCAAAUCCUCAGAUAGCACUUCUGCCAUUGCAUCCAGAUGUACGGGCCAGAUUCAACGAAAGUGCUGCGUGGGAUUUUGCCAGAAGCAUGUACGGAAAACCCUAUGGAUAUCAUAAUAUGAUAUUUAGUUGGAUUGACACAAUGUCAGACAAUUAUCCGCCUCCCCUUGAUGCUAACCUGGUAAUGGCUAUUAUGUCAAUGUGGACCAGAUUGCAACCACACUAUGCUUCUAACAUGUGGAACGAAGCCCUUAAUAAACGACUUGGGACCGAGAAAUUGGACCUUCACGGGAUCAUUACAGAGACCGAAAGACGUGGCUUGUCUUUCAACCAGCUGCUCACCAUACCCGAGCGAGACGACUGGGAAUACAGCGAUGGCAAAUCGACGACGUGCGUGGCCUUCAUCCUUUCGAUGUACAAGGCGGCUGGCGUGUUCGCUCCUUUCACGGAGUCGAUCCAGGUGACAGAAUUCACUAUCCGGGACGCGUACAUGCUGAAGGUCUUCGAGGACAACCAGACGCGGCUGCCGGGGUGGUGCAACGCGGCGGCGGACAGGCUCCCCUUCUGCCAGAUCCUGGGGGAGUACAAGAUGGACCUGCCGGAGUACAACACCAUCGAGCCCUACGCCAACAUGAACGAGAACUGCCCGUCCGCGCCGCCCACCUACAGCCGCCCGGCGCGAUGCUGACGGCCGCCGUGCAAACCGUGUACUAAGUGUAAAUAGACUACGCACGCUGCGUGUGCAGUGCGGUGGUCUCGCUGUAUGUGCGGCUUUGUCCACAGUUCCUUUCUCUCACAAGUGAUUGCUCUGUGACUGAGAGCAGAGCAUAUAGUAUUAUGCAGAGGUAGUUCUCGUUCAUGUUGGCUGUUGUUCAGGCGCCGAUUCUGUCGUUCUUGGCCGCUGUAAAGUAAUUAUCUGGACGUACAGAUCAUGUGAAUAAUUGGAAUGACGAUAGUACUGAAGAGCUUUAUUUUUUCCAAAACAAAAGGAGCUUUGCGUGUUUGGACUUUA